AUGCAACAGCAUAGAAUGAAUGAGGACACGCCGCAAGUGACAAACGCAACUUCUGAAGAAAUGAGAGAUAGUGUGGAGGAAGAGUCUCCAGAAAAGCAAGAAAAGACGCCAGAGGAGAUGGCCCGUCUCAAGCGACAUUAUGUUCUUAUGGAGUUGGUGGAGACUGAAAAGGAUUACGUCAGAGACCUCGCUUCUGUUGUUGAGGGUUAUAUUGCAAAUCUGGAACGGAUGGGCUUACCCGAUGAUCUUAUCGGAAAGGAUAAAAUCAUAUUUGCGAACAUUGCACAAAUACUGGAAUUUCAUAAGAACAUAUUUUUGAAGGAAAUUGAAAAGUGCCUCGAUAAUUACGAAGUUGCCGGAAGUGCCUUUGUCAAAUAUAAAGGAAGACUGGAAACAAUGUAUGUUCGAUAUUGCCAAAAUAAGCCAAAAUCGGAUUAUCUUGUGUCGCAAGAGGACUUUGAACAGUUUUUUGCCGAGACGAAAGCGAAACUAGGACAUAAGGUGGCGUUGAGCGAUCUACUCAUAAAGCCUGUGCAGCGCAUUAUGAAAUAUCAGUUGCUUUUGAAAGAUAUUCUCAAAUUUACUGAAAGAGCCAAGGAGAAGACGGAUAUACUUAAAAAAGCUUUGGCGGUUAUGCAUGUUGUGCCAAAAGCUUGCGACGAUAUGAUGCAGGUCGGUAGACUGCAGAAUUUCGAUGGAAAUCUUAAUGCGCAAGGGAAACUCAUCUAUCAGGGUACUCUUCCUAUAUCUGACAGUCAAGCUGGAACAUCUCAAAAAUCGAAGGAUCGUCGAAUCUUCUUAUUCGAGCAGUCGGUUAUCAUUGCUGAUCAUAUACCACCCAAGAAGGAGUUUGGAAAUCCCAUAUACAUCUUCAAAAACCAGAUUAUGGUAAAUAAAAUGCUCUUUGAACCAUCCAUAGCUGACGACCCUCUGAAGUUCAUCAUCCGCAGCUCGGACCCAGCCCAGCCAACAGCGUUCAUUGCCACUGCUCAAACACAGGAUGAGAAG